AUGAGAAUCCAGCGCUCCCUCCUCCUGGUAGUCCUCCUGGCUUUGGAGACCCAGCUGCCUGUGGCCCUGUGUAGGAAUAAGGGAGAAAAAUGGGGGGGCUGCCCACCAGACGACGGGCCUUGCCUCCAGGUGACGCCGGAUCAGUGCAUGAAUGACCGCCAGUGCCCCUCGUCUAUGAAGUGCUGCUCCAGAGCCUGCUUCCGCCAGUGUGUCCCCAGGGUCGCAGUGAAACCGGGCAAGUGCCCCCUGGAUCAACUCCACUGUCUCAGUCCUAUAAAGCACAUGUGUAACCAAGACUCGAACUGCUCAGGCAAGAAGCGGUGUUGCCUCAGUGCCUGCGGCCGGGACUGCCGAGACCCCAGCAAAGGUACCAUUCCUGGGGGCCAUGACAGGGCCUUCCUCUCCAGCCUAGCUCGGGGAUGUCCUUCAAGGUUAAUAGUCUCUGCAGGACACCUCUCUCGGAAGCGAGGCCCCCCCAACAUGGCCACAGCUGGAGAAGUAGGGUGCGAGGGCUCCCAUUAG